GAAAGGGACUGCCCCAUGGAUUGAAUGAAUCAAAAUUGCAGCAUAUAAACAACAGGAGGAUUCAUGAAUUGAAUAAUUGAAGGGAGGUGAAAUCAAAGGUAAGCAGGCAGGCUGUUUGAACGAGUGAUCAGUACUAAACAGUAGGAAGUAAGAGAUGGGGUUCAUGUUCUUGCUCAUGCUCAUCACCGUCAUCAUCUUCUCCAACCUUCAUUUUCUAAUUAUUGCUUCUCCAUCUCCAGUUCUCUCCAACACCUUACCUUCAGAUCUUUCCGAAGAAAACAGCUUGGGAGGGAAAGAAAGAAAAGGCAGGAGUGUUGUUGGCACCGGGAGUGGCAUACAAGCCCAUAAGCAUAUUGCCGGUAGCAUUGGCGGUGGAAUCAGUGGCAGCAGGCCAUACAGCGGUAGUGAAAAUGGAAAUCACGGUGGUUCGGGUUCUGGAUCCACCGAUACUCCUGGAGGCGCCGCUCUCAUUCCCAUUUACACAGCUGGUGCUGCUAAUCACCACCAGAACAACCACCAUAGCUCCGGCAACCGCAUCCAGGGCUCCGGCAGACUUCAUGGUUGGGGUGCAACAAUGGUGGCAGUGGCAACUUUAGUUCUACAUGCGUACGUAUAGAGAAAGGGGAGCUCCAGACUAGGAUUGAAGAAGGAUUUGAGAAGAGUGACGCUGUUUAGAGCCUACUAACUAAGAAGGCCUUGUGCUUUUAAAUGUUUUGUUUGCUUCUUGUAUAAGCAGAAAAAGUGUUGGCACCUUUACUUGUUUCGACUGGGUUGUGUACUUCAUAUGCUCUUGCUAAUUAAAAUAAAGGAUUUCCUGUGAAUGUAAGCAAAAAAAUAGCUACAUUUUACGUGCGAUCA